AUGGCGAAACCUAUUGACCAGUGUGCUGAACCCGGUUCAGUGCACAGUUCGUCGUCUACUCUAUGCGACAAUCCCCGACCCGUUUCAUGUCCAACGACCUUUCCGAAAGCUCCUCAGCCUUGUGCUCACCGUCGAUGGUGCAACACCCUUUCAUGCGCUUCCCAAAAGUUCAGCGCCAGUCUUCCAACAUUCACAUCACAUCUCAGCUCUCUGCACACUUAUCAAAAGCGCGCGCACCGUCUUGCGCGUAAUUGUACUCUGACCUGGCUUCAUCCCAACCCAGCUUCUUCAAACACUAAACGCAUACUACAAGUCCGGCUCACCACGUUGCUUACUGACAUAGACACCGACACUAAGCUGCACGAUAUUUACUCUGCGGCACUGAUGUUGUACACCUUUCCAGUCCAAGCUGUUGUCAACGACCUCAAGAUCUCGAAGGUACGGUGUCAGUGCUUUGAUUGCACCACAAAGGAUGAGAAGUGGACAGCAGAAAUGAAUACUGCGAUCGAAAAGGAGGCGUACGAGCUAUUGGGGAAGAUCGAGGAUACGAACGUUGCGUUCAAAGAGUUGGAUACAGGGGUAUUGAAGCAGUGGAGGACAGGUGGGACCGAAAGGUUGCAAAAGAUGGUCGACGCGCUGCCUGAGACUGAGGACCUGAAAGAAAUGACUGUAGUGAAGAAGUAUUUUCCGAGGCAAGUCAGGAAGAUGCAAGAGGCAGGUGACGGUGCCAGCGUUGGGCUCAUGCGCAAGACUGUGUCUGAAGAAGGGAAUGGCGAUAGCGGUUGCGAGAUAGAUCUAUAG